AUGGGUCGCAAACCGAACCAGCUUAUCCUCGAGUUUUUCAUUCGCGGCCAGAAGCUCGAGGACGCCAGUAACCGCUACCAACACACAUGCAAGGCCUGCGGCGAGAAAUUCCCCAAAGGUCGCAUCGAUAGCUUAACCAACCAUCUGGUCAAGAAAUGUCAGGCCAUUCCCCUCCGUGACCGGCAACGCGUCCUGCUACGACUCCAUGAACUCCCCGACCUGGCCGACGGCGAUCCAAACAAAGAUCCGAACCUGGCAAGGGCGGCCAAGGGCAAGGGUGUUGACGAUCUGCCUUUCACCACCCGUCAGAACUUUGAUGGUCUGAACGUGUUGGCUGAGGCAUCGAGGCAGGUGGGCGCGUCCGAUCAUGGUAAACGGGGUCAGGGGGGUAAUAAUGGCAACAAUGGGGGGAACAACAAUGGGACUCCCGCAUACACUCAGUCCACUGUCGGGGGUAAGACUGUUGUCGUCGAUCCAGCGCUCGAGGCAGAGGGCUUCCAGGGUAAUGCGAUUCAGCCUGAUAAUCUUGAAGAGGACAUUAAACCACAAAUCCCAGACUCCCCGCAACCCAGCGCGUCCGGCAUUCCCGCUCUCCCCAAUACCUCGCAAGACCAACCGUCCUCCGCAUCCCCUCAAUUGGGUGAGACGUCAUUGACACCCGAUCCUGGGGCGAAUGCUCGCCAGUCGCAAUUGUCGAUGAUUGCCGCGUCGGCCAGUGAGAUGGUCCCACAGGGCUUAUCAUUGGACCACGACGGUGCAGGUCUUGGAGAGGGUCUUUCCAGACUACCGCCUUGGAACCAACAGCUCUCUACCCACGAACAGCUCCUCUUCGAAAGCCUUCAAGAACACGAUCCCUCGUUGACCGCUGCCACGCAGCGGGCCGCCACUUUCCCUCGUCCGAUUGCUAUGAACCCGAGCUCCCAGGCCAAGGGGUUCGUUAAUGAAUUCGGUAACUCGACCAAACCGUCAAAACCCAAGGUGCGCGGGCGAUUUUCUGCGGCUCGUCGUAGGGAGGUUCAGGAGGUUAGGAAACGGGGUGCUUGCAUCCGUUGUCGUAUGCUUAAGAAGCCAUGCUCCGGUGACAGCCCGUGUACCACUUGCGCCAGCGUUGAAAGCGCGCGUCUUUGGAAGCAUCCCUGCAUCAGGACUCGUAUUGCUGAAGAAUUCGAACUUUACAACGCAAACCUGCACGCGACUCUUGCCUACCAUGACGUGAGCAGUAUCCGAAAUCAAGUUAAGUUCGAGCACUAUGCUGGUCGCAUCGAAGUGACGCAUUUUGAAGAGAGCAUGAUCUUUGUCACAUUUAGUGGUCUCCAAGGGCACAAGCCGUCCGUGUCAGCAUUGGACCCGCAGCUUCAAGGCCUUGGAGAAGACCAAUUUCAGGGGCCUUUGCACGAGCUGCAUCUACUCGACAGUGAUGCAGAUGACCUGCCGGGCAAGCUUGAAAUGUACAUUAAAAAGACUGCUCCGUUCUUCUACGAGCGAGAAGCGUCCGAUUUUAUGAAGCCUACUCUGCUGCUGGCCUCAGAGUUGAGCCAAGUGAAGAAGGACACUCUCCUGGAACGUGUGCUUGAGCUCUGGGUUGCAACACACAUCCUGGUCGACUCUGAACUCCGUUGGAAGACAUACUGCAACCCCACUCUGCCGCCAACCUCGAUGCACUCUCUUGCACAACCAUCCGACGACGGACGUAUGCCGAUUGACGAGAUCACCAACGCAGAAUCGUAUUCGCUUCUAUGCAGCCAGCUACGCGCAGCGACAGAAAAGCGCGCCUCGCAGCUCAGCAAGUCCGUGAUGAACGACCUCGAGCGCAGACUCCUUCAGCGCCAGCAAAGCGGCUGGUUCGAAACUUUCCUGGUGGCCCUUAUCCUUCUGAACUGCGUGGAGCGGGCUUGUUGGCUCUUCCGUUCCUGGGACGAUGAAGCCUUUACGCAACGUUGGCCACUGGACAAGCGCCCUCCAUACUAUUCCAACCAAGGCGACCGCUUCUCGGACAUUCUGCAUAUGUUGCUGAAGAUGCGCAGUUUGCCGCCAAAGGCAACUCCACGACCGGACACGGGGUUUUUGAAGGCUGUGGAUGGUAGUGAUGAGAACGCUGCGAGAUGGUUUGAGAUGGUUCAAGUUUCUCCCAUCUACCUUGAACAACGACAAGCUGCCAUGUUCGAUCCGAAUGACUCGCGGUCAUUUGAUUUGCGAUAUGGGGCGAAAUUGCUGCCACCGGCUAAUAUUUAUGCAUGA